GCUACAUAUAAAGCAUUUUUUCUUUCCAUCUUGGUAAUGAGUAUAUAACUAGCACUGCAUUAACUCAUAUGUGGUCUCCACCACACCUGUGGGCCAUCUUUAAAUAAGCAAGUUCACAAUUGUGAACACCUAGCUGCCAGAUAUUAUCUUCUGUCACACGUUAGACAAGCCAGGUUUUGUAAUCACAAUUUGGAAUGUGUUUUUCCCUUCCCUUUUGUUAAUUUUGUAUGUAUAUACAUGACAGGUGCCUGACGUUUAUACAUAUCCAAAGAUCAUUGAUUCUAGGUUUUACUUGAGCCAAGAUGUAUGUUAUUGAUAAUGUAGGUCCCGAUGAAUUGUUGCAUUUUUCUAUUUGGCAAAAAGUCAUGCAAGUUUUAUGGGGUCUGAUGCUUGUGACAUCUGUUAUCAUUUAUGGCUCACACGCCCCUCUUGUAGUCUUAUGCAAAGUAAAUGGAGCCAUCCCUUUCAGUUCAUCUGCUGUUGUCCUUCUGAUUGAGUUGUCCAAGCUCAUAGUGUCCUCAUUACUUCUCUUGAUAUGGGAUCAAAAGUCAUUGGGAAUAUCAGUAUCAUGGCAUUUAGCUGUUCCAUAUGCCCUGCCUGCUUUUCUUUAUUGUGUCAACAACAAUUUAGUGGUUCACAUACAACACUUUAUGGACCCCAGCAGUUUCCAGGUCUUAAGUAACCUAAAAAUUGUCAGCACUGCAUUUUUAUACAGCUACUUCUUGCACCAAAAGCUUUCCAUAAAGAAGUGGUUUGCUCUCUUCUUGCUCACAACAGCUGGUGUAUUUUAUAGCUAUGGUGGUAUACAUGACCUUGAGAAGGUGUCUUCGCAAAGUCUCCUGUACAUUACCCUUCAAGGCCUCCUGCUAAUGCUGCUGUAUUGCCUUAUUUCGGGACUAUCUGCAGUUUACACAGAGAUGACUCUGAAGAAACAGGACAUACCUCUGAAUAUGCAGAACAUAUUCCUCUAUUCGUUUGGCAUAGCAAUGAACUUAAUAGCUCACAUAACAAGCAGCCCCCAGGACAGUUUUUUCGAUGGUUUUUCCAUUUGGGUGUGGAUAAUAAUUGUCAGCCAAGCCCUUAAUGGCCUCAUCAUGUCUGCCAUAAUGAAACACAGAAGCAAUAUUACUAGACUUUUUGUAAUUUCCUUUUCCAUGCUUGCAAAUGGACUUUUAUCUUACAUUCUUUUCCAGAUGCAGCUUACUGCUCUCUUUUUCUCGGCUGUCAUUCUCAUUGGCUUGGCUGUCUACUUGUAUUAUGGUAUUGCAUAAAUCUGUAUUGUACAGAAUAAGGGAAGUCCUACUAAUUCUGUUUAAGUUUUGUUGUCUUUUUUUUGUGAAGCCCAUUAAAAUACCUCCUUUACCAACAUGUUUUGAGCCUGUUUGUGCAUGUGAGUACUUUACUACAAACUAUUAUUUAUUAUUUUACCAUCUUGAUGGUCUGAACACACGAAUACAUUGGUUCUUAAUCCUUUAGGACAGUGACCCAAGUUAUGUACUCAUGUGACUGUAACCUAAUGUUCAAUGGUGUGGUUUGCUCAGUAUUGUAGAAUCAUCAAUAAUAGAAACCCACCUGCAUUUUUUUUUUGCUAUUGUUAAUAAUCCAUGGCUAUGAUUGAUGGGAGUUUAAAAAAAAAAAAUCUAGAUCAAUGAGGUAUAUUCUUACUUUACUCCCUGAGCAAUAUUUGCCUAUAAUGGCAAUGUGUUGAAAGCACUGCCAUUAUAGGCAUUAUAGACCCUGUUAUUUAAAAAUGCCAUAUUAUUUUGAUGAUAUUUCUUCCAUCUAUAUAUUAAUGUACAUGCCAAACUUCAAGAGUAUCAUUUUAUGCCAUCACUUGAUGCAUUAAAGACAGCCAUACACAUAGUUGCAAAGUAUAACCAGGGAUAAAUGGAGAAGCAGCACGAACCAAGAUUUUAUAACAAAUAUCUAGCCUUCAAGCUAUUUAGGGAAAAUGAUGAAAAUCAGAUGGGGCUAAUUUCACAAGUCAGUCCCUUUUUUUU